AUGAGAGAAUUUCCCAACUGUGGCUACAAGAGGAUAACAGGCCUCUUGCUCAAUUUAGGUCAUAGAAUUCUGCAAAAUCGCAUCAGGGAGUGUAUGAGAAGAGUCAAUCCCGAGGGCGUCCUCCUAAGAGUCCUUGAGUUGCGAACUGUUUGCCAGAGAAGAUAUCAAGUUAGUGGCUCUCUUGCUUUGUGGCAUAUCGACGGGAAUCAUAAGCUAAUAAGGUAAAUGUAAGAAACCUCGUUACAUGCCACUAUAUCAAAUCAGCGUUUGCUGCAUCCUAUCGUAUUUUAUACUUCUACUAAUCCAUGAUUCAUGCUGGAGGGCGUUGAACUUUGGUGUAAAGCAGUUCAUACCUUGUGUACGGUGAUAACUGUACACAAGGUAUGAAUACUAACAAAACUAACGAUAUCUAACAAUUUUGCAGUCGCACAAAAUGACCUGCACAUUUUUCUGCCAUUUGGUGGCUUAGAUACUUAUCCAAUUCCUAGCACCAGACACAAUGACAAGGGUAUCGGGGUGGGGUGGGGGAGUCAUCAGAGACCAGAAUACUUAAAGGUUUUGACUUUUUUUAAUUCUCAGAUGGCGACUUGUAAUACAUGGUGGAAUUGAUGGCUUCUUGAGAAUGAUUGUUUUUUACCAUGCAGCACAAGUAACCUGGCAAGUACUGUACUCAAUUGCUUUCUCUAAGCAGUUGGAAGUUUUCGUCUACCUUCAAGAGUACGGUCUGAUAAGGGUGGUGAGAAUGUUGCACGUUAUUUGGUUAUAUGCUGAGUCAUCCGUUACAGAGACCUGAUAGAGGGAGCCAUAUUGCUGGGCGAAGCGUACAUAACCAAAGAACAGAACCUCUUUGGAGAGACCUUUUUUGUGGAUGUCUUCAUGUAUACUACAACCUUUUCUAUGCAAUGGAACGUUGUGUGCAUCAAAUGAGCUUCAUUUAUUUACUCUUCACUGUGUGUAUGUUCCAAGAAUUAACCAAACAAUGCAAUUGUUUGCCCAAGGGCAUAACAGGGCUCCAAUCUCUACAUAGAGGGGAAAGAGUCCUCUUCAACUGUGAAUCUCUGGUGCUGUCUCAGCUUCAAAUCGGGGAAUUGAUGAUUUCUGGAGUCGGGUGUGUGUUAAAAAGGGAAGGGUGGGGAGGGAGGGAUAAGGAGUUUCCAAGAAAAUGUUAGUUUUGAAUGUUCAUGCAAUGUUAUAGGUAUUUUCAGACUUGUUUCUCAUGUUAUCCAAGUUGUGGUCGAGACAAAUGGAGAAGUACAACCUUUCAGCUUGUUUCCAAAGUGCAGUCACAAUAACAGCUCUUACAUGUAAAGUAGCUUGGAGAAUAAAUCUACCUGAGUAGUCUUCAUGAACCAUUUUCAUUCAGGAUUAUGAAGAAAUAAUAACACAUUAAUUGCAAUUUUUUUAGUAAGAAGAAGUAUGUCGCAGUACAUUGGUUCACAACAUGUGUGUGGCAUACAGCCAUCCUGAAAUGUGUUAUUUACAUGUUUUUUUUUGUACCACAAUAGUGUUGGCUGGGAUGGCCCUGCACCAGAUGUUAGCUUAGAUGAUGAAACUCCAGUUGAAGUUCCCAACACAAGAAACCCACUGGAACCAGCUUCGUACUAA